AUGGGCGGAUGGGCGAUAUAUUGUGCGAUAUGCGGUGGUACAUUCUCCAGCCAAGUGGAUAUGGACCCUGAAGGGACGGAGGAGGACCAUUAUCGCUACGAAAUUCUGCGGGACUGCAAUCUGGAAUGGCUAGACAAAGUCUGUGCUCUGGGUAUCAAUCCCAGUGCCCGUGGAAAUGUUAAUUAUCAUGAUUUUUCCGAAAUUGGGGACCCUCACGUCUUUCCUUUCCAUCCAAUUUGCUACCAUGAUAUCCUUGAGAGAUGUAUCCGUCAAAAAGGCCAUGGGCAGAUCAAGAGGGACCUAUUAUUUGAUGUCUUUGAAGACUUGAAUGGCGGUCGAUACGUCAGGUUGCAGAUUAGUUAUGGCGAACCAGAGCCCAGUGCUGAACAGGUUUGGUGCACUACAAAAGGCCAAGAAACUUUGGUGGUAAAUCCGGUCAGAAUUCCACAGCUGGAUGCCGAUCUUGAUCUCGUCAUGAAAUCCCUCGAGCAGAAGGCAGGACCGGAUCAGAAUUUCCGAAAUGAAGAUAUCUUCGAUAGGCUGCCGAUUGAGCUGCGGCAUCAGGUUUUCGAACUUCUUCCAGCUGGUUCGAUUCUUGCUGUGAAGGCCGCUUCAUUGGCGAUGCAUACUACUACCUUACCUCGUGGGUUUUGGAACCACAGGUUAAGAAGUGAAAUACCAUGGCUCUGGGAGGUCCACGAUAUUGAUGUCUUUCAAUCCCAAGAGUCAGAGAACAACGCUUCCAAGCUACUUCUGGACAUUCGCACGAAGAGUCAAUACACAUCCAAGAAUGAUGAUUACAUUUUGGGACUUGCCAACCGGAGGCGAAUUUGGGACGUCUGCGAGCAGAUCUGCAGCCUGUACUUGGAAAGACUGAAAGGUAUUUCCAAUACAGACAGCUAG